AUGUUUUUCAGACGAAGCGAAGUGGAGCAGUUGCCGAUGCGGUUGAGUUUGAAGUUGUCCUGCAACUGGACUUUAUGGUACACGAAUGCGUCGGCGAAAACGACGGAGACGUUCGAGCAAUGCUUAAUUCCCUUGGGUAGUGUAUCGACGGCUGAGGCAUUCUGGGCGUUGUAUUCACACUGCAUUCGGCCAUCGAACUUGCCGAAGGGUACGGAGUACCACCUGUUCCGCGAAGGCAUCAGGCCGAUGUGGGAAGACGAAGCGAACGCAAACGGUAGCACACUGUUACUCCGACUGAAACGUGGCUACAUUGACUACUGCUGGGAAGCGCUACUCCUCGCUCUCAUCGGGGGCCAGCUCGGUCCCGAGGCAAAUGGCGCCGUGGCCGGUCGCAGAUUCACCGACGAUCACCUUAGCCUCUGGAGUUCCAAGUUCCACGCCGAUCAACACCAACAGAUUUCUGCCAACGUCUGCAGACUCCUAGGAUUAAAAGAGGACUCGCCUUCCGAAUAUAAAAGUCACGCUGGCACUUUAGAGAGAACAACCGUAAUUCCCUGA